CCUUAAAGCUUAUAAAUUUAUAGACGAUGAGAGCAGGUUUAUCAAAACGCACUUUCAUUUUAUAGACAGUAUUAUAGUCUUUUCCUCACGAUGAUCAUAGAGAAUGUGGAUGCCUUGAAGUCGUGGCUGGCAAAGCUCCUGGAGCCAAUAUGUGAUGCUGACCCCUCUGCAUUAGCCAAUUAUGUUGUAGCGCUUGUGAAGAAGGACAAACCGGAGAAGGAGCUAAAGGCACUCUGUGCCGAUCAGCUUGAUGUUUUUCUACAAAAAGAGACGAUGGGAUUUGUCGAUAAACUUUUUGAAUGUCUGACAACCAAGAACUACCUAGGAAAUUCUGCUGCCAAGGAAGUUCCUAAAGAGGAGAUAAAACCACCUGCAGUCAAAUCUGACGUUGUGGAGGCUGAAACUCCAGAGGAGGAGAGAGAAAACAGGCGAAGGAGAAGUCCUCUGAGAAACCGCCCUGACUUCAACGAGUCCAGGAGCCGGGACGACAGGAGGCGAGAUGAGCGUAAGCGCCGCGACUUCGAUCGGCACGGGAAAAGCGCCGGCGAUUCCCACCGCGAGCGGGAGCGCCACGAGCGGCGGAGGGGCAGCCCCCGCGGGAGGAGCUACAGCCGAAGCCGCAGCCGGAGUAGGAGUGGCAGCCGGGGAAAGAGCAGGGACAGGGAGCACAGAGGAGUCAGAGACUUCAAGUCAAAGUUUGAGGUAGAAAGGAAGGAUACCGACAGCUACAACUCUUCCAACACCGCUGCCUCCCAGCAGCAGCACCCGUCGCCUCUCUUGCCCCUUCCCACACCCCCACACCCCUUUUCCUCCUCGUCCUCUGCUGGAGUUUCGGGAGGAGUUCCUAUAGCGACACCAGCUCACAUGCCCGAUAGCACUACAGACAGCUGGUCUGGCUACUAUGGCGCACAGAGGCAAGAUGGUGUUGGCAAGCCAUUCAGCAACAAGAACUCUUCACUCAAACAGCGUUGCAGGGAUUACGAUGAAAAAGGAUUUUGCGUCCGUGGUGAUCUUUGCCCGUUUGACCACGGCAACGACCCUCUCAUCGUCGACGAUGUCAAUCUACCGAGCAUAAUUCCGUUCCCACCCCCACCUGUUAUGGCCCCCGCUGGCCUGCCCAUGCCCCCGAUCACUGAGCCACCCCCUUCCCUCAGGAUACCUCCAAUGCCACCUUACGGCCAGCCACCACCACCGGGUGUCUUCCCCAUGACGAGACCUCCACUGAUAGCAACCAGUGGAAUUGAUACCCCCAACCACCAAUCGGCUAUCGCUGCUUCUCCUCCUAUCGGACCUCCUGGCGUAGGGAUGCCACCUACUCUUCCUCCUCCUCCACCUCCUCCCUGCUCGUCUUCAUCUGUGUCACUUCGUCCCCAAUAUGUCCAGUCUGAAUAUAACUAUGAUCCAGAGGGCUAUAAUCCAGAAUCCCCAGGCCUGACGGCAGCAGGUCGUAACCAAUACCGUCAGUUCAUUCCUCGAGUGCAGACCCAGCGCCCCAACCUCAUCGGCCUCACCUCCAAUGAAGGACAAGGCUCCAGAGCUGCCAACAUAGUGAUCCAGACAGAGCCCGCUACUACAGCCAGCACUCCUGGAAGUAAUGUGUCCCGUUUCAACACAGAGCAGGACAGCAGGAAGAGAAUCAUGGGAUCUAGUACAGCUGAGGGACCGGCAGCUAAAAAACCCUGGAUGGAAAAGCCAAACUUCAACAACCAACAUAAGAGCAGUUUUCCCAAGAGGAAUCACUAUGUGAACACCAAGCUCGAAGUGCGCAAGAUCCCACGUGAGCUCAACAACAUCACCAAGCUCAAUGAGCACUUCAGCAAGUUUGGAACCAUUGUCAAUAUUCAGGUGGUGUUUGGGGGAGACCCAGAGGCAGCGUUGAUCCAGUACACAAAGAAUGAAGAAGCCAGACGGGCCAUAUCCAGCACAGAGGCGGUCCUCAACAACCGUUUCAUCCGUGUGUACUGGCACCGUGAGCCCGGCACCAACGCCACAGGGCAACAGGAGCAGAGCUCAGGGAGCCAGGUGACAGGGUCAGCGCCUAACCAGGGGCCGCAGCACAGCAAUGUGCAUAAAGGUAUCAAGCAGCACAAUCCUGCUGCUUACGUGCUGAACAAGACUGUACCCAAGCAUCGCCUGCCAGCAGUGGCUGGGGCCACAACCAAGCCAGACGGCCUGAACCCAAACACAGACACUGUCACUGGGGCGCCUGCACUGACAAACACCCAGAAGGGCCCCUUCAAGUCAUCCUCAAAGACCCUGGGGAAAACGGGAAAAGCACUAGAAGCACAGGAAGUCCUAAAGAAGAAACAGGCAUCAUUAAAACUCCAGCAGGACAUGAGAAAGAAGAAGCAAGAGGUGUUAAAGACACAGAUGGAGUAUCAGAAGGCGUUGAUAAACCAUCUCGAGAAGAACCGAGGGAUGAAACCUGCAGAAAGAGACGGCAUCAUGAAGACGCUGAAGGAGCUGACGGAGAAGAUCGCCCAGCUGCAGAAUGAAAUGAACCCUGCCUCCCAGGUCUCUGGUGCCAAAUCCAACCACAACCAGACCAAGACCAAGACUGACGCCCAGAAGGAACUGCUGGAUGCUGAGCUGGACUUUCACAAGAAGAUGAGCUCUGGAGAGGACACAACAGACCUGAAGAGAAAACUGGGACAGCUACAAGUUGAGGCAACACGACUAGGCCUCAUCCGGCCCCCAGUGGGUCGAGGUCGGGGCCGAGGGAAGAUGGCACUGGAGCCUGGCGCGAUGCACGGAGGCCGCGGCAGGGGCAGAAGCCGGGAGAUGAUGGCUCGCGGCGGGACUGUGAACCGCAUGGUUGUCGACCACAGGCCCAGAGCCCUGGCUAUUCUAGGUGUCACUCAGGAGGAGAAGGAGGAGCUAAUGCCGCACUUUGUGAAAUUUGGUGAGAUCGAGGAUCUUCGUGACCAAGACGCCAACAGUGUCAUCAUGACCUUUAAGACACGAAGCGAAGCAGAAAAUGCAGCUAAUCAGGGAGCUAAGUUCAAAGGUCGUGUGCUGCAGAUUUCCUGGUACAAGCCCAAGACGCCCUCUGUCACAACAGAGCCAGAGGAGGAAGAAGCUAAAGACGAGGACAAUACGAAGGAAGCUAGCUCUUAUUUGCCCGGUGAGGAGGAGGAAGAAGAGGAGGAGGAGGAUGACGAUGAAGACGACGAGUACGAGAGCCGAUCUUGGAGACGAUGAAGGCGUCGUGAUUCGUCAUCACCUGCUCUCCAGAAAAAUCAGUGGUUAUUUUUCCCGACGUGGACAAAAUCAAUACAGCAGAAAUCACAAUUCUUUUCCUUUUCAGUAUUUUCAAACUAAGUAAUUUUAGACUCUAAUCAAAGUAAAAACGUCUUUACUUUAGUUGUACAUCAAAAGAGGUUUAGAGGAUCUGCAGUUUUUGUAUCCCUCAACUAAACAAAAUUAUUUAAAACAUCUCACUUUUGCUGAGAAAGAUAAAUGUUAAGUUGUUCUUAUAGAUAGAAAAACCUAUGUAAGUUUCAGUGUGCUUACCAGAUGAUUAAUAUCAGUAAUGCACAACAUUUGUGUCUACUGUGAAUAGGUAUUUUUAUACAUACUGUAUUUAAGCUCUUUUUCUCACCAGUUUUUGAAAAAUCUUGUCCUCAGUGCAGGGACAACCAUUCCAUCACUAAUAGUACGUUCUCUGUUGCUACCAGAGAGAUAUUUAUUUAUUUUUCCACUGCAUAAGUACACUGUGCCGUACCGAUAUUGGCACAGUAUGGUUUUGUUUUCCAUUCAAUCGCUCGUUUGUUUUGGUAUGGGUAAGCCCAAAGUGGUAAAAGAUCCAAAUAUUUUUGGCAGUGGCUCUGUUUGCUGGCAUGAAUACAUGCUAGUUUGUGCAUGUUGCACCCAUAAAUCAACAGAGCCACCCCUGCCCGGCACCCAAAGGUGCUGAUACUGUACCAUAACCAUAUUAGAGCCAGUGCAGGUACAGGAGGAUACCAGUGCAAUAGAGAAACCCAAAUAAAUGUUUACAAAUUGCAGUGUCCAUGCACGUCAGAUACAGUCUUGUAAUAAAUAUUCACAUUUUCCCCGCAUUACCUUUUGUUGCUCGCUGACCAGUGCCACUCUGUAAAUAUAAACACUCAUACGAGUGUUCUACAUUUUCUAAGAGUGUGUGACAUUUCUCACUUGUUUUAAUCUGUCUCCUGGUCAUCCAAAGGGCCUGACAGGACAAGGAUCAGAUCACCCAUUUCAAAAAUGUGAGAUCCAUAGACAGGUGUUUGAAUGUAACUGAACAGUUGAUUUUAAUUGAUAUAUAUAUGUGUGUGUGUAUAUAUAUAUAUA